AUGAUUGCUUUCGUUUGUCUGAUUAUUAUAUCAAUCGUUUGGUAUGGAGAAUGCCUUAGCAAUAUACCUUUGGCAUCAUAUAAUUUAAAGCUUUACUGCCGUAAUGGUCAAUCACAUAUUCCGGAAACACGAGUUCCAUCCUUAUGUCCAUCAUCCAGCACUUCGUGCGGUUAUUUCGAAUUCGGAAAAAUAUUUUUGCCAGGAGAUAAGGAAGAACUGUUAGCAUUCUAUGAAUGUAUCGAUUCCAGUAUUCUUAUUACUGAUAAUGAUGAUAAUGAUGAGCUAAAACAGUUAUUAUUUUCGAAAUAUUGUGAUGAUCAGGCACGUUGUCGAGAAAUAAUGCUUUCUUCAUUCAAUCCUAAAUUUAUUCAAUAUUUAAUUGAACAAAGUGAUGAUAGAUAUUUGAAUAAGAGAAAUGAUGAUAAAUUACAACGAUUAUUGACAAAGAGAAUAAAAUUUUGUUGCGCUAUCAAUGAUUAUCUUCUUCAGAAAAUUAUUCAUUCUAAUGAAAAUGUUCUUCCAACAUUAGCACCUGCUGAACCAGUCAUCUGCAAUAAUGUUUACUGUCAAGGUGCGCCAAUUGGAUGUCUCAGUUACACGGAAUACAAUCAAACGAAACAAUCAGAAGGAGUCGAGAAUGAGGACGAGAACGAGAACGAGAACGAGAACGAGAGGGAUGUCAUAUUUGUACAACCUGUACAUAUCAAUUAUGAAGACUAUACAAUGAUUUCAUCUCAAUCUAUAAAUAAUAAAUAUAUGAUGAAGUAUAUAACCGAAUAUCAUUGUGUUUAUCGACAUUUUAACGAUGAAUUAUAUCGAUACUGCUUGCUGAUAAAUGAUCAGCCAUCUAGUGAUAAUCAUUGCUUUUAUGGUGAUGGUUAUCACAUAUGUUGUUGUUUUCUUCAAAGAGGAGCUCGAACUUGUGAUCCGUUAUCAGCAAAAAUAAUCGCGAAAACAUCGACAGAAAUUUCUGAAAUUAUUCCCAAUAAAUCGACAAUAUCUUUGCAUGCAUUUAAUACAAAUAUUAAAACUAAACUUCGUACUAAGUUUGUUCUUUUUUUUUUUUUGAAAUUGGAUUUUUUUUUUACUUUCUUAUUAACUGAAAUGCAAAAUAAAUUUAAAUUACACAUUUUAAUUUAUUUUUUUUAA